AUGGCCGGGCAGGAUUUCUUUGAGACGUUUAGUCCGGUGGUUAAACCGACUACCAUAUGGGUCCUUCUAUCCUUGGCCGUUUCGCGUGGUUGGACUAUCAGACAGUUCGAUGUUCACAACGCCUUUUUGAACGGUAAUCUUGCUGAGAUGGUUUACAUGAAGCAACCACCGAGUUAUGAGGAUAAGGCUACAUCGGAUCACUUGUGUUUAUUGCAACGGUCGUUGUAUGUUCUUAAGCAGGCUUCCCAGCCCUGGUUUAAUCAGUUGCACUCUUUCUUGGUUUCGGUUGGGUUUACUCCGUCCAAGACUGUUGUUUCCUUAUUUAUUUACACUCGUGAUUCUGUUCAGUUAUAUCUACUUAUGUAUGUAGAUGACAUUAUGGUGAUGGGUUCGGAUUCCUUUUUUGCGUUACUGGUCUUCUUGCGGAGCAUUGAGACAAUCCCUUGGCAUGAUGGUUUACUUUUCUCUCAGCAGCGGUAUAUGUGGGAUAUUCUGAAGCGCGCAGGUAUGGUAGAUUGCAAGGCUUUAGCUACCCUGGUCUCUCUUACUCGUGCUUCUGAGGAUUCGACGACUCCGUACGCAGAUCCUACACAGUAUCGGAGUCUCGCUGGGGCUUUGUUGUAUCUUACCGUUACGAGACCAGACCUGUCGUUUGCAGUUAAUAAGCUUUGUCAGCAUAUACACUCUCCUAUCACUGCACACAGGAGCUUGCUCAAGCGAGUUUUGCGAUAUGUCAAAGGUACUCUUCAUUUUGGUUUGCAUAUUCGUAAGUCCGCGUCUGUUGAUAUGCAUGCGUUUUCGGAUUCGGAUUGGGCUGGUGAUCCUAAUGAGCGGAGGUCUAUGAGUGGUUUUGCGGUUUUUCUAGGGAGUAGUCUGGUUUUCUAG